AGCUCUUUUGCCAUAGCUCUCUGCUCCUCUGCUCGCCAUAGCCAUGUGUUGUUCCUUCAUCCACGGAUACCAUUGGAGGAGGCCGAUGCUGGCGACUCUGGACCAUUGUGUCCCCUUUGUGAAGCGGUAACCACCAGGCUCACAGCUUCACGUUUCUUGCUUCGUCUCGAUAUAUCCGAUGGCAUUCAGGCACCCGGACUUCUCUUUGAUUUUUCCAUAAAUUUCAGACUCGCAAUUGUUUUCGUUAGAUACCACCGUGCAUACCAACGAUGUCGGAGCUGUUGUCACCUCCGCCUACGAAGCCUGGGCUGAGGCUGACGCAGACUCAAAAGGAUCUCAUUGGAGGUAGUGUAGGCGGAAUAGCCCAGGUCUUGGUUGGACAGCCCUUCGAUAUCGUCAAAGUCCGGGUCCAGACCGCACCAACAGGCACUUACACCUCCCCUUUGGACUGCGCGACAAAGCUGUUGAAAGCGGAUGGACCGCUUGGAUUCUACAAGGGGACAUUGACGCCGCUGCUAGGCAUAGGCGCAUGCGUCUCCAUUCAGUUCGGAGCUCUGGAAUGGGCCAAGCGAUUCUUCGCGUCUCGGAAACGUCCAGGUUCUCAAUUAUCUCUUGGCGAGCUUUGGGCGAGCGGUGUCAUCGCUGGAACUGCCAACACCAUCGUUGCAAAUCCCGUGGAACACAUUCGUAUACGACUUCAGACCCAACCGAAUGUCACUCCGAAACUUUACAAUGGACCGCUGGACUGCGCCGUCAAGCUGUAUAGAGCUGGAGGUAUCGGGAUGAUUAUGAAAGCGCAAGUGUCUACGAUCUGGCGUGAUGGGUUGGGUUAUGGAUCUUACUUUCUCGCUUACGAGUGGCUGGUUCAACGACACAUGAACCAACACAACGUCAAGAGGGAGGACAUCUCACCAAUAUGGGCCGUGACUUACGGUGCAGCUGCAGGAUAUGCUUUAUGGGGGACAAUCUACCCCAUCGACGUGAUCAAGUCCAAACUUCAAACCGACUCGUUGGAGCCUUUGAAAAGGCAGUACAAAGGCAUGAUCGACUGCUUCGCACAGACGUACCGGACACAAGGCCUCAAAGGCUUCACUGGCGGACUCGCUCCGACUUUGAUCAGGAGUCCCUUUGCGAAUGGAGCGACGUUUGUGGCGUUUGAAUUGGCCAUGAGAGCUAUGACCUAGGUAGGGUGCGGGGGGAAAGGGUGUAUGUCAGCGUCAUUGGGGAUAUCAACAAGGAAGCAAGUCGGCCGAGGAAGAUGAGGAGCACGUCCGUAUAAUCUCAUGCGCAUCGUAUAUCAUUUGGCAUGCAAUCAAACGUAACGACC